AUGGCAGCUGCUUGUGUAACCUCUCAUCAUGGAGAGGAACACCGUCUCUCAGAGCUGAGGAUUGGGCUGCUGGGGGGGAGAUGGAGUGGGAAGAGUUCAGCAGGAAACACCAUCCUGGGCAGAGAGGAGUUUGAGUCUGGAAUAAGAACUGCACAGUGUGUGAAGAGACAGGGUGAAGUAGCUGGGAGACAGGUCACUGUGGUCGACACACCAGGCCGGUGGAAGACUUAUACUAUAAAGAACACUGCAGAGUUGGAUAAACAGGAGAUUGUGCGCUGUGUGUCUGUGUGUCCCCCUGGACCCUGUGCUCUCUUCCUGGUCAUUAAUGUGAGCUCAGCAUUCAAAGAUACAGAGAGGAGAUCAGUGGUGGAACACCUGGAGCUUCUCAGUGAGAGAGUCUGGAGACACACUAUAGUGCUGUUCACCUGGGGAGACUGGCUGGGAGACAAAACCAUUGAGCAGCACAUUGAGACUGAAGGGAGGGCCCUCCAAGAGCUCAUAGAGAAAUGUGGGAACAGGUAUCAUGUUCUCAACAAUGAGAACAGGGCUGAUGAGCCUCAGGUUGCAGUUGCAGAGCUGCAAGACCCGAUAGAGGAGAUGAUGGCAGGGCAUGGAGACUCUCACUAUGAAAUAUUGAGAAGGCUCUUACAGGAGAUGGAAGCAGGGAGGACGGCAAUGGAAGCACUACACAGGAUGAAUCCUCAGCAACCUGGAGAGGAUCCCGAACGACUUCUUCAUGGAGAGGAACACUAUCUCUCACAGCUAAGUAUUGUGCUGCUGGGGGGGACACUGAGUGGGAAGAGUUCAGCGGGAAACACCAUCCUGGGCAGAGAGGAGUUUGUGUCUGGAAUAAGAACUGCACAGUGUGUGAAGAGACAGGGUGAAGUAGCUGGGAGACAGGUCACUGUGGUCGACACACCAGGCUGGUGGACUGAUUCUGUGAAUGACACUGCAGAGCUGGAUAAACAGGAGAUUGUGCGCAGUGUGUCUCUGUGUCCCCUGGGACCCUGUGCUCUCUUCCUGGUCAUUGAUUUGAGAUCACCUUUUAUUGAUACACACAGGAGAUCAGUGGUGGAACACCUGGAGCUUCUCAGCAACAGAGUUUGGAGGCAUACUACAGUGCUGUUCACCUGGGGAGACUGGCUGAGAGACACAACCAUUGAGCAGCACAUUGAGACUGCUGGAAGGCCCCUCCAGGAGCUCAUAGAGAAAUGUGGGAACAGGUAUCAUGUUCUCAACAAUGACAACAGAGCUGAUUGGACUCAGGUCAUAGAGCUGCUGGAGAAGAUAGAGGAGAUGAUGGCAGGGAAUAGAGGCUCUCACUAUCAAAUAGAUAGAAUGCUCUUAAAGGAGGUGAAAGAGAAGAGGAGGGCAGUGGAAGAACGAGUGAAACAGAGGAUGAUAAAGGUUCAGAAACAGAGAAAGACUCUCCAGGCACUUUUGCAGGGAGAGGAACUCCGUCUCUCAGAGCUGAGGAUUGUGCUGCUGGGAGGGAGAUGGAGUGGGAAGAGUUCAGCAGGAAACACCAUUGUGGGCAGAGAGCAGUUUGUGUCUGGAAUAAGAACUGCACAGUGUGUGAAGAGACAGAGUGAAGUAGCUGGGAGACAGGUCACUGUGGUCGACACACCAGGCUGGUUGACAGAUUCUUUGAAUGACACUGCAGAGCUGGAUAAACAGGAGAUUGUGCGCAGUGUGUCUCUGUGUCCCCCGGGACCCUAUGCUCUCUUCCUGGUCAUUAAUGCGGGCUCAGCAUUCAGAGAGGAACACAGGAGAUCAGUGGUGGAACACCUGGAGCUUCUCAGUGAGAGAGUCUGGAGACACACUAUAGUGCUGUUUACCUGGGGAGACUGGCUGGGAGACAGAACCAUUGAGCAGCACAUUGAGACUGAAGGGAGGGCCCUCCAAGAGUUCAUAGAGAAAUGUGGGAACAAGUAUCAUGUUCUCAACAAUAAGAACAGGACUGAUGGGACUCAGGUCACUGAGCUGCUGGAGAAGAUAGAGGAGAUGAUGGCCAAGAACAGGCUUGAGGAGGAGUUGAGGGGAAGAGAGGAGCAGCUGAAGAGAGUGUCAAAUGAGCGGAGGGACUCCAGCCCCCUCUGA